UUUUGUGUUGGGCCCACUCUUCCAAAGCGGGAGAAAAUAAUAAGCGCGUCGCCCAACACGUACGGACGGGUUACUGCGGGAUUGAAGAGAGCAACCACCGAGGUUAAGCUUCGAGCGUGAAUAUAACCGGAAAAGAAGCAGCCGAGAGUGGCCUGUCGCCAUGGAAGGCGAGGCUGUUUCCAUGGAUACCACCCAGGCUGCUGAUGGAAAGGAAGGUGGAGACACCUUGAUACAAGGGGUAACCAUUGCUCAACAGGGUGAAGUGGCUGGGAAUGUGGAGAUGAUGGUGAUGGAUGCUCUUGAUCCUACUCUAUUGCAAAUGAAGACAGAGGUGUUGGAGGGCGGUAGCACAGUGACGGUUACUGGUGGAGACGAGGGUCAGAUCAUCACACUCCAGGUGGUGAAUAUGGAGGAGCAGGCAGGCGCUGCCUUAGGUCUUGGUCAGCUUCAGUUGGUGCAGGUACCCGUCACAUCAGGAACUGUAGAGGGCCUGCAGGGGACCUAUGUUGAUGCAUCAACAGCUAACAAGGAUGCAGAUCCGGUUAUCUGCCACACUCUUCCCUUGCCCGAGGGCUUUCAGGUGGUGAAAGUUGGUGCUAAUGGAGAAGUAGAAACUGUAGAGCAGGAGGAGCUUCAGGCAGCCCAUGAGGAGCUUCAAGGGACAAGGGUUGACGAGGAGGAGGAAGAAGGGGCAGUAGAUGAACAUCUAUCUCAGCAAGAAGACCCAGAAUGGACCAAGGACCCAGAAUACCAGCCCAUCACCACCAUCCGCAAAGGAAAGAAGGGAAAGAAAAGCCGUCUGCGCUACGGGGAGGGUGUUCGUGACAUGGAUGUUUCGGUGUAUGACUUUGAAGAAGAGCAGCAGGAUGGGCUGCUGUCGGAGGUAAAUGCUGAGAAAGUUGUUGGCAACAUGAAGCCACCAAAGCCCACCAAGAUUAAGAAAAAAGGUGUAAAGAAGACUUUCCAGUGUGAGCUGUGUAGCUACACCUGUCCAAGGCGCUCCAACCUGGACAGACACAUGAAGAGCCACACAGACGAGAGACCACAUAAAUGUCACUUGUGUGGACGGGCCUUUAGAACAGUUACACUGCUGAGAAACCACCUGAAUACACACACAGGCACUCGGCCACAUAAAUGCACAGAUUGUGACAUGGCAUUUGUGACCAGUGGCGAGCUGGUGCGUCAUCGUCGCUACAAACACACACACGAGAAGCCCUUCAAGUGCUCCAUGUGUGAUUAUUGCAGUGUGGAGGUGAGUAAGCUGAAAAGGCACAUCCGCUCUCACACUGGAGAGCGACCCUUCCAGUGCAGUCUUUGCAGCUAUGCUAGCAGAGACACUUACAAGCUGAAGAGACACAUGAGGACACAUUCAGGUGAAAAGCCGUACGAGUGCUAUAUCUGCCAUGCACGUUUCACACAGAGCGGCACCAUGAAGAUGCAUAUUCUGCAGAAACACACAGAGAAUGUGGCGAAGUUCCACUGCCCACACUGUGAUACUGUCAUCGCACGCAAAAGUGACCUUGGUGUUCACUUGCGAAAGCAGCACUCAUUUCUUGAGAAGGGAAAGAAAUGCCGUUACUGCGAUGCCGUGUUUCAUGAGCGAUACGCUCUCAUCCAACACCAGAAGACUCAUAAGAACGAGAAACGUUUUAAGUGUGAACUGUGUGACUACUGCUGUAGACAGGAACGCCACAUGAUAAUGCACAAGCGCACACACACAGGGGAGAAGCCGUUUUCCUGCAGCCAGUGUGAUAAAACCUUCCGACAGAAACAGCUUUUGGACAUGCACUUCAAGCGCUACCAUGACCCAAGCUUUGUCCCCACUGCCUUCAUCUGCAACAAGUGCACCAGGACAUUUACCCGUAGGAACACUAUGCUGCGUCACACUGAUAACUGCACGGGUGAAGUUGUGGAAGAGAACGGAUCUCCAUCACCCAAAAAGGGACGUGGCAGGAAGAGGAAGAUGCAGUCAAGGGGGGGAGAUGAUGAUGACACAGUGGAUGAGGCAGAGGAGGAAGAGGAAGAGGACCUUUUAAGUGAGAUUGAGGUUGAACAGGCCCCACCAGUGGUCCCCAUCCCUGCACCCGUGGAGCCACCAGUAAAGAGAAAACGUGGACGGCCUCCAAAGAGCAAAACAGAUACGGCUGCUAUCAUACGCGUGGAGGACGAGGCCACAGGAGAGGUGGAUGACAUUAUUGUCAAGAAGGAGGUCGGCGCUGAACCAGAUGACCAGGAGACCGAGCAGGUGAUUGUUGGUGAAGGGAAGACUACCAUUCAAAUGGAGGAGCUGUCCCAGGUAGAGGGGAAUGCACAGGAAGAGCCGUCGUCUGAGGCUCCACCUAACGGAGAUCUGACUCCUGAGAUGAUCCUCAGCAUGAUGGACCGGUGAUGAUGAGAUGAUUAGAUGGUCGACUCUGUAAAUGCACACAGCCCCUUGAUCACGUUUUAAUAUCUGCAUUUAGGAUGACUAAGACCCACAAUCUGGCACAGAAAAAAACUUUACUGUUGUCAUUUAAGAUGUCCUUUUUAAUCAUGUAUUGAUAAAGAGUUGGAUGGUUUUUAAAGAUUUUAAUAAGAAUUUGUUUACCAAAAACGCAUUUUAGUAUAUUGAAGUUUGGGGUGGCUGUAAUUGACUGCAGUAUCUUUAUCCCUUUUAUUACUGUCAUUUGCGCAGCUCUGUUUUUAUGGUAAAUACAUUCAACAUGACAUAAUCUCCAUUGGCGAGAUUUAUGCAACGUAGGCCACUAAAUAUUUUUUGUCAUUGUGGACUUAAUCUUUCCUAAAUCUGAACUGUGUGCAUAUGCCAUCCCUAAAAAUCUCAGAAGUGUUUUUUCAUCUCAACCUUGCGAGCUCUUUCUUUCUGCAUUGUACACCUGUGUGCUUUUUGGUUAAAUGUGUGAAUGGAUAGUCGUGGAGCUUUCUUAACUUUAAGGCCAUUUGUUUCCAUCCUCACUGAAGAGCUCUCCUUACCUCUCAGACAGGGAUAUAUUGGCUUUUUAAAGCAGCUGAGAAUUCAUUAAAAGAAAAGAAUUGAGAUUUCAAUCCAAGUCACUUGAACAUUAGCAGACAUGUAAGCUUUCAGAAAAAUGCAGGCAACUUUCAGAACGAUUAAACUGCCAUUAAUUACAGCCACCUUCAGGAUUCUUUUAGAAAUAUUUAGAAUAUCUUUAUAUUUUGCUUCCUUUUUUUGGUGGUUAGUAAAUCCCUUUUAGACUUUUUUAUUAGUUUUAAAAGCUUCAUAGACAUGCUGCCACUUACACCUAGAUGAUGCUUAUGUACUGAACAUUGUCAUGAGAAGUAAAAGAACUGUUGUUGCGCCUUGUGUAGCCAUUCCACUUUGGGUGAAGUUUUCCUUUUUGUAUCUUUGUCGGAGCAAUUCUAUGUAGAUUGAAUGACAUUUUAACAACAGUGUGGCUAAAAUGGCAGAUGUAUGACUGUACAACCAAUAAAAGAUAGACUGACCUUUUUAGGUUCUGAAGCUGUAGUCUCAUGAACAUUUAAAAAUCAGUUUGGAUGACAAGUAAAUGGGAUUGAGUGGUACAUACAUACAUAAACGAUUGCUUGAAUCAUUGUUUAUUAAAAAAACAGUUGAGAACCAGAUCUAACAAAUGUUCAUGUAUUUUGCUUGCAUAUAUAUUUUAUUAAAUGGAAGACUUGAUAUUAA